UCUCUGCAUUACACGGAGACAUUUUAUUUGAAGCAACAAUGACUUCAGGUCAGCGUUUGAGAGAGUUAAUCAACGAGCGACUAACUGCUGCUGCUGAAGAAAUAUUCCGAGAUUUUCAAACAACUAUCUCAGAGUACGAAGAAGAGAUCAACCGUCAGCGCAGACUGCUGGAUAUCGUUUGGAAACCUGAAAUAAAGUUACACAGAAUAGAGCUCCCACAGCAACAUGUCUAUGAGGAGGAGGAGGUUCUCACUGACCAGCAGCUCUGUGACCAGGAGAGGAACUCAAGUCUGGACCAAGAGGAUCCAGAACCUCCACAGAUUAAAGAGGAACAAAAGGAGCCAGAGCCUCCAGAGAUUAAAGAGGAAAAAGAGGAACCAGAGCCUUCAGAGAUUGAAGAGGAACUCUGCACCAGUCUUGAGAUAGAACAGCAGGUACUGAAAGAGGAGACAGAAACCUUGAUGUUGACUCCUACUUGUGAGGAAAGUGAAGAUCAGACUCUGGACUUGAGUCCUGAUGAAACUCAGAUUGACAAGUCUACCACUUUAAAGAUUCACAAUAAUACUUUGACAGGGAAACAGUGUUUUGAAUGUGACACUUGUGGGAAAUCAUUUGUGGUCGAGGCCAAUUUGUGCAGACAUCUCAAAGUCCAUACAGGUGAGAAGCCGUACCCAUGUAACACUUGUGAGAAAAGAUUCUCUAAGCAGGGCAGCUUAAAAGUGCACAUGAGAACACACACAGGUGAGAAGCCAUACAAUUGCAAAACUUGUGGGGAGAAGUUCAGACAUACUCAGCACUUGAAGAUUCACAUGAGAACACACACAGGUGAGAAGCCGUACCCAUGUAACACUUGUGAGAAAAGAUUCUCUCGGCUGUGCUUAUUAAAAGUGCACAUGAGAACACACACAGGUGAGAAACCGUACCCAUGUAACACUUGUGAGAAAAGAUUCUCUACGCUGGGCGCAUUAACAGUGCACAUGAGAACACACACAGGUGAGAAACCAUACCCAUGUAACACUUGUGAGAAAAGAUUCUCUACGUUGAGCAUAUUAAAAGUGCACAUGAGACUCCAUACAGGUGAGAAACCGUAUCCAUGUAACACUUGUGAGAAAAGAUUCUCUAGGCUGGGCACAUUAAAAGUGCACAUGAGAACACAUACAGGUGAGAAACCAUACCCAUGUAACAAUUGUGAGAAAAGAUUCUCUAAGCAGGACAGCUUAAAAGUGCACAUGAGAACACACAGUUGAGAAACCGUAUCCAUGUGAUACUUGUUGGAAAAAGUUCAGAUGUACUCAGCACUUGAACACACACAUGAGAACACACAGAUGAGAAGCCGUACAAAUGUAAAACUU